UCUCCGGGCACUGACAUUAUGAGAGCAUGAGCCUUCUAUCCGAUUGAGGGAAAAGGUUUCAUUAUGGCUAUGUUGUUGCUACAGUGGCUCAAGAGGGACAAACAACAGUAAUAUUGCUGCUUUUUUCUGUUCUUUUAAGCAAAGAGAGUAUGGGAGUAUGCAAGUGCAGAAGUUUAGCUUCUGGGUACAUACUCUUUAGGAAGUAUGCAAGUGCAGAAGUUCGCUUCGCCUAGCUAAGUUCUGAAAGGAGCAAACUGAACCUAUUUAUGCGGGCGCCUUUACUGUUGAAAAGUGAUAUCCCAAGUAUAAAUACAGUAAAGUACACACACUAAAGGGUAAAAAAAUCUAAAGAGGAAAGGCCCACCCCCCCCACUUGUGCUGUGUCAUGAGGAUUCCUGGAUUCGCUAUUGAGAUGUGACUUUUACUAAAUACAUCAGGUGAUAAAUGAGCUGAAAAGGAGACAGGAGUAGGACAUUAAGGUUAGAAUUGGGGGAGGGAGCUGAUUUUAGAUUUGUACCCAGGGGAACCUUCACCUCAAAGCUUUGCAAAAUAAAUCAUUACAGCAAACCACGAGCUGUUUUAUGUUGUAUCCAAAAAGGUUGGCCUAGCUACUGUAUUUUACCCAAAAAUCUCUAUUUUGACCAUUCAGCUUAUCACAAACAUGUAAUACAUUUAACUUGUCUUUAUUUUAAAAAAUCACAAAUAUCGACAAUAGCUUGAAUCUUUUCCAAACAUGUUUCAGUCAAUGAUGUGUAUAUAAAUCAUUGGUUGUGUAUAUAAAUCAUUGGACGUAUUGUGAUUAUUCUCGAAGUUUACACAAAUUUCAUGUACAUUUUUUGACUGCUUCGACUACCCGUAGCUGGUUUAAACCAACACGGACAUGAGUCAAAACACCAGUUGAUAGCUUCAGCUCCUGAAAUAAUUUUUCAACUGGUGUAAACACAUGUUUUGCAGUGGUGAUGAAUAUUCCACAAAAUGUUUUGUUUGUUAUUGUAAAGAAAAAAUACUUUUGCAAAAUUGGGGCGAGUUAGCGAACUAGUCGGUGAGAGAGCCAUUCAUGACAGCAAGCUAACUGCUAGCAAGCAAGCUCUAGCUAGCUAACGUUAGCUAUCAGUGUAGCUAGUGCAAGAGUCAGAGGAUUAAUUCAAAGGCUGUUGUCAAGAAAACGUGUAUCCUUUCAUAUCAUAGUAGUCAGCUAGCAAGCCAGCCAGUCAGCAAAAUGAGGAUACGUUCGUCUGUUUUUGCCUGUUUUUGUCUCAUACUGGAGGUAUUAGGCAUUGCCUUGUUUCUUAGGGGAUUUUUCCCAGUCCCUAUCAAAUCUUCUUUUUCAUCGAAGAGCAAGUUGUCAGAUGUUCCGCCUGAACCCUUUACCGGAAGAUCCCUCAACUCCUCCAAAGUCCCGGACGCCCUUUUCAAGAGAGUAGUGAUAGUGUUGAUUGAUGCUCUCAGGGAGGACUUUGUGUUUGGUCCAAAUGGGAGAAAAUAUAUGCCUUACAUCAGGCACUUGGUGGAGAGGGGCUCCACACACAGCUUUGUGGCCAAGGCAAGACCUCCUACAGUUACAAUGCCCAGAAUCAAGGCCCUGACCACAGGUAGUAUCCCAGGCUUCAUCGACGUGGUGAUGAACCUGAACUCCCCAGCGCUGCUGGAGGACAACCUCAUCUGGCAGGCCAAGGCAGCGGGCAAGCGGAUGGUGUUCUACGGGGACGACACCUGGGUGAAGCUCUUCCCCAAGCACUUCAUGGAGUACGAUGGCACGACCUCUUUCUUCGUGUCCGACUACACCGAGGUUGACAACAACGUGACGCGUCACCUGGACAGCACCCUGAAGAGAGACGACUGGGACAUUCUGAUCUUGCACUACCUGGGCCUGGACCACAUCGGCCACAUCAGUGGACCCCACAGCUCCCUCAUCCAGCCCAAACUAAUGGAGAUGGACGACAUCCUCAAGAAGAUUCAUGGCUCCCUCAUCUUAAAGGAGGCAGAGGGGGCGCUGCCCUACCUGCUGGUGCUGUGUGGGGACCACGGGAUGUCCGAGACGGGCAGCCACGGGGGCUCGUCUGAGCAUGAGGUCAAUACACCCCUGGUGCUCAUCAGCCCCGCCUUCAAGAAGAAAGUAGGGAUGGAGAAACCAUCAACAGUAGAGCAGGUGGACCUGACCCCGACCCUGGCUCUUGGUCUGGGCCUGCCCAUCUCCCAGAACAGCGUGGGCCGACUCAUCCAGCCCGUGGUUGACGAGGCCUCGCUCAGGGACCAGCUGCGCUUUCUGCACCUCAACGGCCACCAGCUGAGCUACCUGCUGAAGGACAGCAUGCCAGCCUAUGAGAAAGAGGAGGGCUAUGAGCAGUUCCGUGUGGCAGAGAAGUCCCAUGGUAACUGGGUGAAGCUGGUGGUGGAGGGCAACACAUCAGAGGUGCUGACCAACAUGGGGAAGAAGGUGUUCAAGCAGUACCUGGAGGCCCUCAGGGCCAUGAGCGAAGCCCUCAGCAAGCAGCUGGGCAAAUAUGACAUAUAUUCCAUGGUGGUGGGCAUGGUCCUUGUCUUCCAGCUCCUUCUCCUCCUGCUGCUGGCCAUGCCCGAGGCACUGAGCAGUGCCUCAGAGGUGGAUCUCCCUGUGUCCUCUGCUCUGCUCUCGCUGCCCUUCUACCUGCUGUGCUUGCUCCUCUCCUCCGUGCACGUGCUGGUGUGCACCUCGGCCGAGAGCUCCUGUUACUUCUGCAGCCUCUCCUGGGGACUGGUGUUCGGGGCAGUGGCCCUCUCCUCAGCCCUGCUCUGCAUCCUGGUAUCCAUGGCAGCCAGGAGGGGAGCAAAGCCCCCUGGGAAGUCUCCAUCCCAUGGUGGUGUCAGUGGCGGGUGGUCUCUGUCGGAGCUGGACAUUCUUCUCCUGGUGGGCACGGCUGGCCACACCCUCAGCCUGUCGGCCAGCAGCUUCGUGGAGGAGGAGCACCAGGUCUGGUACUUCCUGCUUAACACCCUCUGCCUGGUCGUCUUCCAAGACGUCUGUCGCAAGUACUUCCGGGAGCGCCGUGCCAACUUUGGGAGCUUGGAGGACGAAGACUACAUCCUCCCCUCCAAUGAGGGGGACGCGGUUGCCUCACCGUUAGCUGAUUUGGGGGUGAUGGAUGCAGGUUCGGAGAAGUGGCUGGCCCUGGCUACCCCACCGCUCACCCUGGCGUGUUGUCGUCUGCUGCGCUCGCUCAACCAGACUGGGGUGCAGUGGGCUCACCUGCCUGACCUGGGACACUGGCUCAACAGCUUCGAACACAAGAUGGUGCUAUCCUUGUUCGCCGCCUUGUCAUUGGCUCUGAUCUACUUCCUGGUCCAGCGGAGAUGUUCCUGGGUGUCCAAGAUUGCCCUGGCCCUUGGCCUUCUGGGUGUAUACAGCUACCGGGCGGCGGUGGGCAACGUUGUGUUUCCGUGGCAACAUGGUGGUGGAAACAUGUCCAAGGGGACCGUGGAGGCACGCUUUGUGUAUGUCUUCGUCCUGGGCAUCCUCUUCACGGGCUCCAAGGACCUGUUGCGGUCCCAGGUCAUCACAGCCGAUGCCAGGCUGAAGAGCAGGGGCUUAUGGGAAAUCUACAGUGGUGUGGUUCUGUUGGUGGCCCUGUUGUUCCGAGCCCACAACCUGCCGGUGCUGUGCUGCUGUUUGCUGGUCCAGACUUUGAUGGCCCAGUUCAUCUGGAAGAAGCUCCACUACGACGCUGCACAGACCACCAUCAUGCACUACUGGUUUGGACAGGCCUUCUUCUACUUCCAGGGGAACUCCAACAGCAUUGCCACGGUUGAUAUCUCGGUGGGCUUCGUGGGACUGGAGAGCUACGUAGAGGCCCCGGCUUUCUUCCUCACCGCCCUCAGCACGUAUGCCGGGCCCCUGCUCUGGGCUGCCCACCUGGUUUGCUACCUCAGCUCAGAGAAGAGGAGCUCAGUGGCGGUCGGCCAUGGAUGCUACUGCUUGGCCCUUUUGCGGUCCGUGCCGGCGGCGGCCUACGUGGUGUUGGUCACGGCCCUGCGCUACCACCUCUUCAUCUGGAGCGUCUUCUCACCCAAGCUGCUGUAUGAGUCCAUGCACACACUGCUCACCGUUGCAAUUUGCCUCUUCUUCACCACCAUGGAGCAGAGCCGCAGGCCCUAGGGAGCCCACGGCUCAGAGGGCUCUCAACUUUCAGGAAGGGGUUAAGGAGAAGGGCAAAGACUCAUGGGUAAUGGUGGUCCUGAUACUGUCCUAGUUGACUUCUGGAUGCCCCACUCCUACACUCUGAAGGAGAAGGUGGGAAUGUACUGUCCACUGCACUGGACUUCUAGGACUGCAGCAUUCACUUGGGUGGCAGGUAGCCUAAUGUUUAAGAGCGUUGGGCCAGUAACCGAAAGGUUGCUGGUUUGAAUCCCUGAGCAGACUAGGUGAAAAAUCUGUCAGCAAGGCACUUAAGCCUAAUUGCUCCUGUAAGUGUACGCAAUAUCUUUUCUCAGGUGGAACUUUGUCUCUUGUAUGGACUAAAGCACAACUUUUUCAGUAAGAUUUAGAUAUUUUAAGGUGGUGGGUUCUACUGAAGUCUGUUCAGGUAUUUAUUGAGCAGGGCUGAAAAUGGGUAAUGGAGUAAAUUCUAUAAAUUAUUUCAUUUGAAUGUGUCAAAGCACAAUCUCUUGAAAUUGGAUUUGUAUUCCUUCAUUUUGUUGUGUUAUUGUUUGUUUUGUUUCUGUAGAGUAGUAAGUUUUUCUAUUGACCACCGGCUCUGUAGUGCUCUAUCCCAGUAGAGUAGUAAGUUCUUCUGUUGACCCCCGGCUCUGUAGUGCUCUAUCCCAUUAGAGUAGUAAGUUUUUCUAUUGACCCCCGGCUCUGUGAUGCUCUAUCCCAGUAGAGUAGUAAGUUCUUCUGUUGACCCCCGGCUCUGUAGUGCUCUAUCCCAUUAGAGUAGUAAGUUUUUCUAUUGACCCCCGGCUCUGUGGUGCUCUAUCCCAGUAGAGUAGUAAGUUCUUCUAUUGACCCCCGGCUCAGUGGUGCUCUAUCCCAGUAGAGUAGUAAGUUCUUCUAUUGACCACCGGCUCUGUAGUCCUCUAUCCCAGUAGAGUAGUAAGUUCUUCUAUUGACCCCCGGCUCUGUGGUGCUCUAUCCCAGUAGAGUAGUAAGUUCUUCUAUUGACCACCGGCUCUGUAGUGCUCUAUCCCAGUAGAGUAGUAAGUUCUUCUAUUGACCACCGGCUCUGUAGUCCUCUAUCCCAGUAGAGUAGUAAGUUCUUCUAUUGACCACCGGCUCUGUAGUGCUCUAUCCCAGUAGAGUAGUAAGUUCUUCUAUUGACCACCGGCUCUGUAGUGCUCUAUCCCAGUAGAGUAGUAAGUUCUUCUAUUGACCACCGGCUCUGUAGUCCUCUAUCCCAGUAGAGUAGUAAGUUCUUCUAUUGACCACCGGCUCUGUAGUCCUCUAUCCCAGUAGA